AUGAAGCUCAUCGCUGAGAACUAUCGUCGCAUGGUUAUACCUCAGAUCACAGCACUGGACAUCGACAGCUGGACCCAAAUCGGCCGCGGUGGCGGUAUGUCAAAGUGCUAUCUGACAUGGGACGGCGACUUCAAAUGGGGAGGCACCGACGACAUGUACAUGGGGAUGCUUUCCGGAGGUUUAGCGGGCAUGUCCCGGCAAUGGUGGGAUGAAAGUGGAGGAUACGACGACAAGAUGCUGGGUUGGGGAGGAGAGAACAUCGACCAAGGUGUGCGCAUGUGGGUCUGUGGAGGCGAGAUCGUCGCGGCUCCGAAUUCCCAAGUGGCACACAUGUGGAGAACAGGCUCCGCGAAGACCAGCGCCCGAUACAAGCAUGUUGGUGACACGAUCUACAAUCGUGCCAGGGCGAUAAAUGCGUGGCUGGAAGAGUUCAGUGCGAAACUGGAUGACUAUCCCAACUUCGCACAUCGCAAAAGCUCUGGUGGAGCCAAUUGGUUCGGAGAGCGGGUCUCAGUUUCUGUGUUUUCACGAACAGGGUCACAGACCACGAAGCGUGUUCUGCACGAGGACAUGAGCACCUUCAACAACGUCAAGAAACGCCUGAACGGCUGCAGACCCUUCGCGUGGUACCUGAAGCGCUUCAAGGUAGUCUACGAAGACGCGGGUCUGAUUCCUCCGGAAAUCUUCAUGAUUCGAGAGGACGCCUUUCCUUGUGGCCGACGGUGUUUGAAGACGCAGAGUCGGGGGGUUCUGCCAAACGACGUCCUUCCUGGCGUGCAAGCACUGACCUGUGUGCAGGAGCAAAGCGGGCUCUGCCUGCGGUACAUGGGCGGGGCAGGAACGAGUGGCUCCGGAUCCGAGGGCGUGAGGCUUGAAAACUGCGAUCAGAACAACCACCGCUUCUUCUGGCACCUGGGGAAAACAAAGCCAGCUGCCCAGCUUUUCAAGAAAUGCUGCAGCGGCUUGAGGGCCUGGAAUACUGACCAGUGCCUUCAGGGCGGGCAAUCAGGUGGACGUGGGAUCACCGGCAUUUGUGAGCUCUCUGGAACGAAUCCUUCUCAAGCUUGGUCGUUGACGAGCGACGGUCUUCUCAAAAAGGGUUCCAGUUGUCUGGGACCAGCCAACUCUCAGACACCCGGCCUGAAAGAGGCACCCUGCGUAUCCUUCCGGAACAAGGGCGGCUCGAGGUUCUCCAAGAUGAGCUCCCAGAUUCCGCUUGAGACAAAGCUUUAUCGAAAAGCACAGCAGGAACAUCCGGAGGUUUUCGCCCGCCUCAACGCGGAGCUCAAUGUGGAUGCACCUUCGGACAUGCCCAAGCGGUGCUUGGAACCAGGCAGAAGUUGCAUCAAGCUGUACUGGAAGGGCAGCACUCAAUGUCUCGAUGCUGAAGCACAAUGGGUGGAGUCGCAGGAAGACUGUGGCUACUACAUCUAUGAGAACCAAGGCCUAAAGCAGGCCGAGACAAUGGCUUGCUUGGACACGUGGUCUGACGAAGACGUCAACACCUGGGGUCUCUACGAAUGUCACGGUGGCAACAAUCAGAAGUUCGUGCAGUCUGACGGACAAGUCUUCUGCGCAUAUGUUGACAUUGGGAGUGAGCAAUGCUUCGAGGGCCGUGCCAAGUGA